AUGGUCGAUGCAAGCAAGUCAUAUCACGCUCUGUCAGCGUUGCUCUCUCAAUGGACAGCAUGUGGGCGUCUUUCGUACAAAUUCUGCGUCACGACCAUUGCCAGUGGUCGAGACGGCAAGCCUCGCAUGAUGGCCACCUUCAGCAAGCCCACAGCUCAGACACCCUCACCCGAGGCAGUGGCACGGCUUUAUUUUCACUUGAGCACAGAUCAUCAGCGAGUGCGUGGCUUCACAGUGGAGCAAGACCCACACUUCCACGACCUCGAGACGGUCAAGUUCGAUGAAGCGGUGCUAGACCGUGUUAUACGACGCAAAUUGCAGCUGCAAGCCGCGCAACUUGUUGAUCUCAGUGAUGAGUUUGCCUCUACACGGGUACCGGCAGUGAUACGAUCACGCCAAGAAGAACAACGAGGGCACGAGCGAGAGGCAAUAGAGGAGUAUCUGUACGAGCAAAUGCUGCACAGCGACUCGUACAACGAUGGUAAACUGCUGAUUGAGGUGUUCCGUGAGACUAUCGACGCGCUGGAGCUGGAUCCACGCGUGGCACCUCGCGAAAUACUGCUAGCACUUGUAGCUUCAGACCGAGACGACAUGAUAUCGUACGGCGAUUUUGCAUCUGUUGCUGCAGACGUGAUUGACGCCAUGGUUGGAGCUGGUCAGACUGAAGACGGGAAGACAACUCAAGAGGAUGAGGCUCUAGAUGCAUUUGAGGUAGUGUCAGCUCGACAGACUCACUACACUGUGGAAAAAAUGACAACACUCGUGGAGGCGCACGCUGAACGCGUUGCUGAGGCAGCCAAAGCCAUGGCUGCCCGUCGUGUAGCAGCUGAAAUGGACGCACAACAGGAGACAACGACUGUUAUCCCAGAGGAGACCAAAGAAGACGAUAAUGAAGAAGAGGGGGAGCAGAAAGAUGCAGAAGCUGCUUCUGGAGUGGAAGCUACCGGUAAAGACGACGAAAGUUUACGGGGAAGCUCUCACUCUUUCGGUGUCCACCGUCGAUCGUCAGUUAAACAACACCCUCGUAUGACUCGAUACCAGCUGCGAUCUCUCCUCGAAACACCGCAACUACUGCUUAGUGAAGCGGAGAUCAACCUCACGCUAGCUUUAGUCGACACUAUGACCAAUUUUAACGGUGUCGAAGAGGUUCUUUGCGAGAAGCUGGCGCCGGUUCUGCGCCGUGUCCGUCGCAUGAUCUUCCGCUUUCAGCGUAAAGGCUUCGUCGAUCGGACGGAGACAUAUUUGCUGCAUCAAUUCCAAAGCUUUGAAAAGCGAAAUCUCCAGGGCUCAUCAAAACAUUUGAAGCAACGCUUAACGCAGAAGGAGGCGAAAGCAGCUAUGAAGACCAUGCACAAGCUGUUGCUGUCUCCGUAUCAACUAAUGCAGCUUUCUGCACUGGCCGAAGAGCGGCCUGGCGAACCUGAUCAUGUUGUGUAUUACCAGGAGUUCAUCCCCCGCAUGGCACAGCAGCUGCGGGAACUUGUGAACGUAGAUACCUUGGUCGAGAAAUCUACUGUGCUUCAUGGAAUGGGCGUUUGGGACUUAGAUACGGUGGGUCUUCCGAGUGAAGACAUUGGCAGACAAACAAGUUUUGACUGCUUUGCCAGCUUUGAUAAAACGCAACUUGGCGCUAUCCCGAUUGGAGAUUUCCACACAGCUCUUCAGCAACUUAGUCAAACCCAUGGUUUCCCUGUUGGGACAGCUGCGGAAAAGAAGCAACUGAGUGUUUUGGCAGACUUGAACAGCAGUGGUCGCGUAAAUUAUGCCCUUUUCCAGCACCUCAUGUACCCUUUGAUGUUGUUUCUUCUUCAGGAACGCGAACUAGCUGCUGCGAAGGAAACCUCACGGGUGCGAUGUAUUGAGCAGGAGAUGAAGAGCGAAUAG